AUGCAGCUCCAGCAGCCGCUCCACCCUCCAAGCCCACGAGUCACCCUCGACUGCGGCUGGUUUCCGCACAUUAUGGACUCGGUGAUCGACUAUGGCUGUCUCCAGUGUUGGCUCGGCUUGCGUGUCACCUCUCGUCAGUUUCGCGAGAGAAUCGACAACCGUCUCUGGAGCCACAGCGUGGUGCGCAACAACCAGAAUCGACCACCCUACCAGCGGUGUACACCACCUCUUGUCAUCGCGCCCCGAGGCACACCUCAAGGAGCUGAUGCCUUGGCAUCUGGAGCCGGGAUCGUCGAGAAACCAGACCCGGGGAGUGUUCGUGCACCAGCCUUCAUCCAGGCUGCGGCCCACACAAAGGUCCUUGACGUCAUCACACCGUUAUGGCAGACCGACAUUCUCUACCACCUCGAAGGCCUCUUCCAGGUCGUCCACACCUUGCGCGUGCGCUUCGGCACACCCACACACGAGGACUGGCUGUGGCUGCAAGACCAGCGACACAUGGAUAUCAACAAGGAGCAUCUCGUCAAGGCGCGCAAGUAUGUGUUUUUCGGCACCGGUGAGGGCGCACUGUUCCCUCACGCGUUGCAUCCGGACCUCCCUACCGACUCGUACAUCGACAAGGUGGUGUUCAACGCCCACCUCUCUGUGGACCGAGAGGACGGACGUCUCCUGCUCGACAAGCUUGCCAUGGGCUGCGUCAAGGGCAAGACGAUAGUGUAUGUCAUUCACGACCUGCCGACGGAUACGGACCGGACGACGGAUCCCUCCACCGACGAGAUCUCCCGCUUGAACGAGGACCUCGUCGACAGCUACCCAACGCCGCUGUACGAGCGGUACCUCGUCGUCAACAUUGAAGCCUUGGUCAACCCUCUCGUCCCCCCUUCCGGGCUGUCGUCGGUGGAUGAGAUCAGGGAGGAUUUUACCGACCAGUUCCGUGGGAGGUUUGGGGAGGUGGCUGCAGCGCGACUAGCAUUCCUCUCCCGCGAGGAGUACCAGGCGACUCUUGCCCCCGGCGAGUGGGAGACUGAAACGGUGGAGUGA